GAGAGGGGCGGGGACGAGCCGGGUCGUUCUCGUCAGCUGAGAAGAAUGAUUCAUAGAGGAGGGUCAGGUGGGAACAGUGCUGUCCGCGAAAGCCCACUUAAAAGGCUGGCUUCUUCGAGGGAGGGAGAGGCAGAAAAGCCAGCAGGACCUCGGGCCUGACCCCCCUCAGGCCGCUCGGCAGGCCUCGGUCGAGUCCUGGGCCUGGUCAGGGGCGGCCGCGGGACGCUGGUUGCUGGGGGACCGGUGACGUCGCGGGGUGAAAGUUGAGGGGCGGUGACGUCGGGCCUGCCCGGGCGGAGGCUGGCGGGUUGGAGGCAGGAGGGAGGGAGGGAAGGAGGGAAGGAAGGAAGCUGGGAAGGAGCGAGCGAGCGGGGGCGCGAGGCGUUUACCUGGAGGCAGCGGCUCGGGCGCGCAGAGCGGCCGCGGCUCCCCCGCACCUGCGGCCAUGGAUGAGGAGCGCGCCCUGUACAUCGUCCGGGCCGGCGAGGCGGGGGCUAUCGAGCGGGUCCUGAGGGAUUACAGCGAUAAGCAUAGGGCUACUUUCAAAUUUGAACCAACAGAUGAAGAUAAAAGAAAGAAACUCUGCGAAGGGAUAUUUAAAGUCCUUGUAAAGGACGUCCCAACAACAUGUCAAGUGUCCUGCCUGGAAGUUCUCCGCAUUCUCUCCAGAGACAAAAAGAUUUUAGUUCCUGUAACAACCAAGGAAAAUAUGCAGAUACUGCUGCGACUAGCGAAGCUGAAUGAGUUGGAUGAUUCUUUGGAGAAGGUGUCAGAGUUCCCAGUUAUUGUGGAGUCAUUAAAAUGUCUGUGUAACAUCGUGUUCAAUAGUCAGAUGGCACAGCAGCUCAGCCUGGAACUUAACCUUGCUGCAAAGCUCUGUAACCUCCUGAGAAAGUGCAAGGACCGAAAGUUUAUCAAUGACAUUAAGUGCUUUGACUUGCGCUUGCUCUUCGUCCUGUCACUUUUGCACACUGACAUCAGGUCACAAUUGCGUUAUGAGCUCCAGGGACUACCGCUGCUAACCCAGAUUUUGGAAAGUGCCUUUAGCAUCAAGUGGACCGAUGAGUAUGAAUCGGCCAUAGACCAUAAUGGACCUCCUCUCUCACCUCAGGAGACAGACUGUGCCAUUGAGGCCCUCAAAGCUCUCUUCAAUGUGACGGUAGACAGUUGGAAGGUGCAUAAAGAGAGUGAUUCUCAUCAGUUCCGUGUCAUGGCAGCUGUCCUUCGCCAUUGUUUACUAAUUGUAGGUCCAACUGAAGACAAAACAGAAGAGCUGCACAGCAAUGCAGUCAACCUUUUAAGCAAUGUUCCGGUCUCUUGUUUGGACGUUCUCAUUUGUCCAUUAACACAUGAAGAAACAACCCACGAGGCAACGACUCUAGAUGAACUGCCCGGUGAUAAAACAGCUGAGAAAGAAACAGUUUUGAAAAACAAUACCAUGGUAUACAAUGGUAUGAAUAUGGAGGCCAUUCAUGUUUUACUCAGUUUUAUGGAGAAGAGAAUAGACAAGGGAAGCAGCUACAGAGAGGGCCUAACUCCAGUUCUCAGCUUAUUAACAGAAUGCUCCCGAGCCCAUCGAAACAUCAGAAAAUAUCUCAAAGAUCAGGUUUUACCACCACUGAGGGAUGUGACAAAUCGACCUGAAGUUGGCUCAACUGUGAGAAACAAGCUGGUGCGCCUCAUGACACAUGUUGACCUUGGAGUCAAACAAAUUGCUGCUGAAUUCCUUUUCGUCCUUUGCAAGGAGAGAGUGGAUAGCCUGCUGAAAUACACUGGCUAUGGGAAUGCUGCAGGACUGUUGGCUGCCAGGGGCCUCUUGACUGGAGGAAGAGGAGAUAAUUGGUACUCAGAGGACGAGGACACAGACACUGAAGAAUACAAAAAUGCAAAACCAAACAUUAAUCUUAUCACUGGUCAUUUAGAGGAACCAAUGCCAAACCUUAUAGAUGAAAUGACAGAAGAACAAAAAGAAUAUGAAGCCAUGAAACUUGUCAACAUGCUUGAUAAACUUUCCAGGAGAGCAGAUCUGAAGGACCUGCACCAGGAUGGUGGUUAGCAACAGUGGCCCGUGCCAAAGCACUUACCAAAGUGCUGACUAAGGUUGGUCAUGCCAAAUACUGUUACUGAACCUGGUGUAGGGUAUACAUGAUAUUCACUUCCAAAACUGUAAAACCACCAAUGCAAAAAUUAAAAUUAUAUUUCCAUUUGCCUCCAUGCUGGACAUAGCUACUGUCUCGAGGAGCUCACCAUCCUAGCAGCUUUAUCUUACCUAGACUUCCAAGGACUCUGGAGAGAUUAGUGCUCGAACAUUUUCUCCCCAUUGAAUACCAGCUGACUUAGCAGUAUUCCAAGUGGUUUGUUUGUUUUUAAGCAAAAGGAUUGUAUUUGGAACAGAUGUAGAUAAGGGGGUUGGCAGUGGACCUGGGGGUCUUAAGAGUUUGAGAAAAUCUGAGCCCUAUUAGCCCCCUCAUGUCGAGCUAGUACAGUGCCUUGUAUCCUGUGGUUCCCCCAGUGUGUGAGGAAAUAACACAGCUGAUCCCCAAAUCGAAGGUCAGUUUUCUGUUCUAUAAAAUAGCCUAUAUGGUUUACAGCUAUAAAGUGUACUUUUGGCAGUUCAUUUCUUGGCCAAAUGUCAUAAAAUUCAGAACUAGAAAAGAAUUCUAUAAAGGUUUGGCCCAUGACUAGCUAAUUUAAAUAUCAGGCUUCAUAAUUUAUUUUAUAUAGAAAUAAAAUUAUAAUAUUUAUCCAACAUAAACAUUCAGGCUUGAGGCAUGAGAUUAGAGAAAGCUUCAUUUGACAGUUUUAAUGUGAGAGCAGAGGUGAAAGGGGGAUGAAACUUGCCUGCCUCCCCACCUCCUCUUUCUUUCUCUGAAUUGGAAAAAGAAUAAGCCUGCAAUUUAAGCAGGAGAUUAGAAUGGGGAUUGUGUGUGGUUAAGCAAGUCCAGUGUAGCUAAUACAAUUGCAUUCACCUUAGCUACAGCACACAACUCGUAUAUAAUAAUGCAGCCUCCUCCAAAAAGGAGAGAGAGGAUUGAUUAGCUUAAGCUUAAACUAACCAAGGGAAAUAAUAUUUCAAGUUUGUUUUGACUUUUCUAAUCCCCUCUAGUUCCUUAGUUGGAACCAGGACUGAUGAAUCUUACACCCCACCCUUACCCCAUUACUUUUUAACAAGGUCCAUUGCCUUUUUGCUUAGAUAGUCUAUCAAAAUCAUCUAAAGUUUACAUGUAUAUAAAUAAAUAAUAAUUGUUCUCCCAUUUCUUCCUUGUCUUAUCUAAUAAUUUUUUAUUCAUUCAUUUAUUUAUUGCCAGUCAUUGUGUAGUAUCUGGGACAUGGCUUUCUUAAUAAAUGCAGGUACCAAAUGUGGAAUAGUUCCUUUUAAUCCAAAGAUUAUUUUUAAACUUACUAAAGUUGGGAUAAGUGCUUUAUGACUGAAAAGUAAUAAAUAUGUAAUUUUUUUUCUUGUAAAUAAGUUAUUUUGCUCCGCUUACAAAAGUAACAACUGUGAUUACACCCACCUUUUUGAUGAGUUAGUCAAGGAAAUGCUUUUCAGGUAUACUUCAGAAAUGUGGACCAAUCUUUAAAGCAUUGUGAGAGCUAUUGUAGGAACUAAAGUAUAAAGUUUUUAUUGUUUACAUCAGAAAAUCCUUUAGCUCUCCUCUGUCCAAUGUGGUAACCAUCAGCCAUACAUGACCGAUGAACACUUGAAAUACGGUUAGUCUGAAUUGGGAUGUCCUAUAAGUUUUAAAUACUCAGACUUUCAAAGACUCAGUACAAGAAUUAAAAUAUCUCAUUUGUUUAAUACAGAUU